UCAUCUACCGCCGACUGUCGCAGACGCUGAUAUAGGUGAAAACAGAAAAAUGACGCUUUCUCCUGCAAAGAAGAAGGACGACGACAAGAGCAAGCAGCGGACGAAAGACAAGUCGGGGUCCACGAAGGAGGGCGCCGACAAAGAUCGGGGCCGGGACAAGAACCGCACCAGACGCAGCGCCUCCAGCGGGAGCAGCAGCUCCAGCUCCAGCAGCAGCUCGGGUUCCAGCUCCGGCUCCUCCAGCGGCUCCAGCUCGUCGGGCUCCAGCCACUCCGGCUCCUCCAGCUCCCGCUCGUCCUCGUCCUCAUCCUCCUCCUCCUCGCCGAGCCCCAGCCGCCAGCGCCACAACAACAGACGGCGCUCGCGCUCCAAGUCAAAGUCAGCAAAGAAGGAUGACAGAGAGCGGCGGCGAAGGAGUCCCCCACCGAAACCUACCAAGGUGUACCUGGGCCGCCUCACCAGGAAUGUCAUCAAGGAGCACAUCCAGGAGAUUUUCUCCACCUACGGCAAGAUCAAGAUGAUCGACAUGCCCGUGAACCGCCUGCAUCCCCACCUGUCCAAAGGCUACGCCUACGUGGAGUACGAGACCCCCGAGGAGGCGGAGAAGGCCCUGAAGCACAUGGGCGGAGGUCAGAUUGACGGGCAGGAGAUCACGGUCACGGCAGUGCUCGCUCCCACCGUGCGCCCGAUGCCUCGCAGGCUGUCUCCCCCCCGCCGCAUGCCUCCCCCGCCCCCGAUGUGGCGGCGCACCCCGCCCCGAAUGAGGAGGAGGUCUCGCUCGCCUCGCCGGCGCUCUCCGGUCCGGCGCCGGUCCCGAUCCCCCGGCCGCCGCCGACACCGGUCCCGCUCCAGCUCCAACUCCUCCCGCUAGUCGACGGCAGAACCUUCCUCCUCCUCCCCCUCCUCUUCUCAUCCCGCUCUUCUGUCAUGUCCCCUGGUGAAGUGAUAUGAAAUACCCGUCGCUCCUGUUCAGCGCGAACAGGAAAUACAUUCAACGGUCACACAUAGCCAUUUUGUUCCAACCAGAAGAUUUGAGACUUGAAUGGACGGCAAAUGUUAUAGCAGAUGUUAAUGUUUAAGGUUAAUUCAACUUUGUGUGAGUUUUAUUUUACCCAGUGGGCACCUUUAGCUAAUAUUGGCCCAGAUCCAGAUGUUAUACUGGAGCAUUUCCUCUGAGAUUUCUCUUCUACUCAGUCUGUUUAUGUCCUACACUGUGGUUUGAAAACAAACAAAGAAAAUCUUAUUUUCAGUAGGAAGUAAAAGUUCCUGCACAUGGUGAAAAACGAGUGCUUUUUCAACCUCAAGGGAGACUUUUUUUUUUUUAAACCUAAUUUUAGACAGAAAGUUAAGAUGUUACUGAAAAAACAUGAUCUGCAUCCUGAAAACUCAUUUUCCUGACAAGCAAAGGGCUGAAAGCUGGAGUGACGCUGAAUUUUUGGAGAUACAUUUCAGACUUUUGUAUCAGUGUGUGUUAAAAACAAAUAGAUGAAUAAAUCAUUACUACAAUACAUUGCAAUUGAGGUUUUUACAGAGCAGGUCAUUUUAUAUUGUAAAUAAAAACUCUGAGGGAAAAAAAAGAAGCCGGAAACUUUUUACAUGAACUUGCAUUUUAAAAAGUGUGAAUUAUCACUUCGGCUAAAGCACCAUGAAUUUUCCAUCGAAGCCUCAUAAUAACCAGUAAGUACAGACCAACAACAGUUUCUCACUUCUGCAAUUCCCCCAAAAUAUUAUCUUUUACUUUAUAAGCAGUUCUUCAGCUCAUCUGUGUGAAACUGGCAGAUCUACCUCCAGUUUCUUUAUCAAAGUGGGUAAUUUGACACCAGCUUCACUGUUUGCAUCUACAGCUGCUGCUAUGCCUGCUAAAUGAUGGGAAACGACUGUUAAAGUGUGUUUGCUUCUAGCUGUCGGUUGAACCUGGCGUUUGUUUUUUAACAAAAUCUCACAUUGUCGAUUCAGAUCUUUCUGGCAGGACCUGGAUGUUUAUUGUCAUUUUAAUACAGAUUUUCAGGAAUGAACUAGACCCCGUUUGCACAACGUUCGAGAACACGUCAGUGAUGCAUCAGGAACAUGUGACCUGUCCCCCUCUCCCAAUGUCUCCUUUAUUUGUGACUCUGAUACAUGACAGGAGUGAGAAUCCUUGUUUAUCAGACUGAAUAAACCUGUUUUUUGACUGUGA